CUUGCAGACGUAAGCGUUCAGGCCAAUUCUUCAUGCCAACCGGAUCAGAUUACAAUCAAAGAUCCAAAAACUGGUUCGAUUCAGUGCCAGGACUGUUUAAAGUGUGCACCUGGCGAGGGUCUCUCAGUCAAUUGCGGAGACGUAAUAACUCCUUCGACACCUGUGCAGUGCAAGCCAUGUGUGCUGGGAAAGACAUAUUCUGCUUUCCUCGAGGCCGGAGGGUGUAAGGACUGUAGAAAUUGCGAUGAGUACCGCGAAACUACGAAAGCCUGCACCGCGACUUCCAAAGCCGUGUGUGGAAGGUGUAAGCCUGGCGCGUAUGCUGAAGGCAUGCUGGGAGUGUGCAAGCCCUGCUCUCCGUGUUGUAAUGAUGGUAAAGAUAUCAUUAUACCUGUGUGUCAAGUUCCAGGUGUACCAACAGGCAUGCAGUGCAGCUAUCUACGGUCUCACAAGUGCAGCGCAUUGGUGACAUCAAGAAAGAGCACGGCGCCGUCAAUUUUUCAACCACAUCAGUCCACGACCCAGUGGGGGUCAUCCUCUUCUACAACGAGCACCGAAGUAAUCUCUUCUUCAAGUGAGCCAGCCGUCAACCUGAUUGAGGAGAACUCACCAAAUGUGGGCAGCAUAGCUGGUUCUGUUGUGGGCAGCUUCUCAGCUGUCAUCACGAUCCUCGUUAUCGUGUGCCGCAAAGUUAUGCGUAAGCGCCGGAAGGCCUUGUCUAUGAGGAUUGGUGUGGUUACAGUGGAAAAUGGAGUUGGUCAGACGCAAAAUCAAGAACAAAAAAAUAACGAAGAAGAUGAACAAGUCAAUCGGGAACAAAUAGAUGAUAGAGUCUUUCUCCCAAACGGAGAUCUGUAUGAAGAGAGCCCACUUCCACAUCCUACUCAAGAGGAAGCUGGUGAUAGGAGUCCGGAAAAAAAAGGAGUGCAAGAGACCACGUCUUCUCUAUCAGGCCAGAGCAGUUUAGGUAAAAGUAUGACUGGUCAUGACUAAAUUUUUGUUUAAUUUCCUUUGUUAAGAACAAAUUGCAAACACCCUUAUGUUGAUUACUAGUCAUACACCUAAUUACUCUCACACAAUGGUACGGACCGCUGGAAAGGGGAGGGGGAGGGGGCUAGGUUUUCGAUAUGUAUCAAACAAAAUCCAGCAGAAACCUUCUAAAAUCUUCUAAAGCAAAAGUUUGCCUAAUAAGGAUGUCGCAAGGGAGAUCCGAGAAACAGUAAAAUCUAAGAGUAUGAGGAUUCUUAACCCCAGAAUUGACUAUUAAAGUAACAGUUCCUUCUUAAGUUAAAUCAAAAAUACCACACAAUUUACUAAUCAAAGGUUUUCAAAAUCCAUUCUUUGAAAUCAUUUCAAAAACAUAUAAAAACCGUUUUGAAGGGGUUUUUGAAGGCUGAUUCAAACUUUUUAAACAAAAUUUUUAAUUUCAUAAUCUGAUGCAUCUUUUGAUAUUACUUUAGUUUCAGAUUCUAAACUUGACGGGUCUGUGGUGAAGCAGUGUACAGAAUCGUCUAAAAAACAAGUACACGGUUCCCCCAAUGUUGUCACCAAGACGACCACUGUUACGAUGAUCAAGGUCACUGAUGAGAAGGUCACUACGGUUUGA